GUGAAUAUAUAUAUUUGACUUGUUCAAUGCUUUUUCAGAGUAACCUGGCCCUAUACAUGUCUGUAGAACUGCUAGUCUAAUUAGUUUCAAUUUCCUGGUGCAAUGUUAAUCAAUCAUGUGCCGGAGCUUGAUACAGGGUCAUGACUAAGUAUAGAGCACAACCACGUAGUUCCUCAUUUCAUUUUACCACCAUGACACAGGUCACAUCUCUGCAAGGAAUGGCGAACCCUUUUCUUACUUUUUUAUUUAUCUUUUUUAUUUUGUUCACUUUACUACAGACUUAUAAAUUAAUGAUAUCCAGAAACAUCCAGAAGACUUGACAUGUGUAGCCCAGUCUACAGUAACCCCUGUACAAAUGGAAGAUAACACGUGCAGCUACAACAAAUGUAUGUUACUCAAGUUUAUGGACUAAGUAACAGUAUGGAUUAUUAUGUCAAGAUUGAUAGGUAUAUUUUGGUUCAGUCUUUCUCAUUCUCUACAUUCCCAACCUUGAAACAGGAAAUCACUUUCAGCUACUUGCAACUCAGGUGCUGAAAAAAGCAUGAAUAUAUUUAAUGCAGUUUGGGCUAAAUCAUACUGUCAGCGUAGAUGUCAGCGACAUCCACAUGGAAUAAAUAUUGCUAGUGUAAAUUUGUUGGAAAAAAAUUCCAUGUGAAAACUGUUCCAUGGGAAUUAUUCCUCUAGUGAAAUACAGGGAAAAAGAACAAUUUCACUACAGGACUUGUUGACAUUGGGUGACACUAUUAGUGAGAUAGUGUGGGGUUUCCCACCAGUCGCUGUUCCAUGAGCAGGAACUUAUUUCUCACAUCUUGAUGAGGGUUUAUACAGUCCAGGCAGGUUUUGGUUUCAUAUAGUUUGUGCUUCGACACACUUUCACUAUCUGUAAUCAUGGCUGAGAAGUGUCCCCUGCCACAGGUUCGUGUGCAGAAUCCUGUGACCCACCACACCUGGGAUGAGGGGCGAUACACCACAUAUGACAUCACUAUACAGACUGCUCAUAAGGCCUUCAGUCUACCCCAUACCUCUGUGAGACGCAGAUUCUCCGAGUUUGAUUGGCUCAGGAAACAGUUGAAGACACACCACCCCAUCAGAACUCCUCCUGAUCUACCACCAAAGAAGUUCUUCAUACAGAGAUUUGAUGAUGAAUUUAUCCAGAAGAGACAGGAAGGCCUUGAAAAGUUCCUUAACACUGUGAUUGCUGAAAAGUUGUACCUGUCUGACUCGGUGCUACACCUGUUCCUGCAGACAGACUUGACAGGGAGGGACAUCAGUGACUUCAUCUCGGGGAAACUGACAGAGGAAUACAUUCAGAGUGUGUGGAAGGCAGGUGGCAAGAAGAAGGUGGACAGAGUCGUUCGACAAUCACCUGCACGUCUCUCAAUCAGCAUUCCCAACACAUCAUGUGACAGUGCUCUCUCAGACAGCGUUUUGUCAGCAGACAGUUUUGUAUCUAUAGAAACCAGUGAUGUAGACACGAGUGGAAAUUCCUCUUUGAGCAGCAGUGCUUCAGAAGAUGAGAACUCUAAACCAAAGGGAGAUAACUCUCAAAAUGGGACACUCUAUCCAGAGUUGAGACGUGUGACAUCUCGAGACUUCCGACCAUCUUCCCAUUAUAGUAUAAACAGUCAAGAUGGACUAUCUGAUUAAUGUGAGUCAUACUAUAGUGUGACUAAGUGAAACGACCAUGAUGGAAGAAGCAACAUGCUUCCACGCCCGGUUCAAGAAGAUGAAAAAGCAAUGGGGUGCAAACAUUAACAUUGUGAUAAUUAUAAAUGUGGUGCCCUCUAGUCCUAAAGCUGUUCAUUUAUAAAGAACAGAUCUACAUGUGAGGAGUAAAAAAACUAAAAAUGUAUGCAUGGAUUGUAUCUUAAUAACUUUUGUGCCAAAAAAAAUGUUGUAUAUUGAUUUUUACCAAACAAAAUAGAUUAUACAUGCAGUUUUACCUUAUCCUGACUCAUGUUCCCAGUGCACAUGCUCAGACCAGGGGUGCAUUCGAGUGAGCUGUUUUUAUUCCGUUGUCCGGGAACACAGUUCAGGACGUUUCCACUAACUUUAGGAAAUGAGUUGAGAUAAGCAAUAGCAUGAGUCAGGAUAAGUAUAAAUGAUACUUUUACUCUAAAAAAGUCAUUAAUAUUGUUUCUGGUUAAAAAAACGUAUUUAAAUAAAUUAAGCAUUUUAUCAUUUUCUUGUAAUAUAUUAUUUUAUUGUUCUGAAAAUGUGUCUUAUAUGUGUGAUAUAAAAAAAGGUUUACCCUCUUUGCAAACUGAAAACUGAUAAAGUUAAAACUUUUGAAUAGUUGGGACUGACUGUUAAGGAGCCUUGGAUUAUAUUUAUUUAAAUUGGGUCAGAAAAUUUUUUACAAAAAAAAUAAAUAAUUGUGCCCUGAGAGAAAAUAUUCUGUCUCUAAUAAAAUCUUGCCCCACCACAAGAAUAUUAUAUGGCCCCUUUUAAAAAUAGAUUAAAUUAUUUCUUUUUGGUUGUGUUGUAAAGCAAUAGAAAAAAAAGUUAGCCUCAAUGUACAAUACUUUAGGAUUGUUCACUUACAUAUAACAGAAAUUACCAAACUAGACCAAAACGAGCAAAUAAGCAUUGGCAUAUCAAAAAAACUUUAAAAAACAAAUAUGUUAUAAUAAAACUCAAAUGCUCUUGGCUUAUUAAGAAAUGACCUUGCACAUUACUAAUAUACUCUGCCAAAAAAGAAACUCCAAGGAUAUUUUUUAUGUAUAUUAUAUAUAUCAUAUGAAUAAUCAACAGAUGGUAAUUGAAUGUUCAAAAAUGGCAUACAUGGUCAUUGACCUAGGUUCCAUAUGGCAUACAUGGAACAGUAGAUUUUCACACUGUCAGAUCUUAUGAUUUUACUACUUUUGCGUUUCUAUUUUUGCAGAGUAUACAGAGAUUAGUAAGGCUUAUUAGAUUAGUAAAAAACAUGUCUGAAUACAUUAUAUUAGUUAUUGUGCAGCAGGAGAAUGGGUAUUGAUGUCUUUCCAUGAAAGGAAGUCGUGAAAUUUUACAAAUGACAUUCAGCAUUUUAUAAACUUCUAUUUAUAUAUGAUGUGUAUAAUUUGGUUUGUACAUAUUAUAGGUAUUCUACCUCAAAGAAUGUGAUAUAGAUGAAUAUAUUUUACUAGAUAAAGCCUAAAUUUGAAUAAUAUUGUUCCAAUGUGACAGUGGUUAUGCAUGUUUAAAAAUAAAUACAUAAUGACUUUUCAUUAUUUUAAAUUCUUUAAUAAUAAAUAAAAAAUUAAUUUCAGUGGAGGGUGGACAGGAAACCUCCACCCUUGCGUCAGCACGUAUGGAAACUAUUUGCAAAAUGGAUAGUGACAAUAUAGUUGCUGCAGCACAGGUUCAUUAUGCCAUCCAUGUAUUAAGAACCCUCUUCAAUAAGCACCCUACUUCAAGACCAGUCUGUAAAAAAUCUUCAUAAGCGCCCCCUAACAUGUACAUGACAUGACAGUCCAUCUUUUUCCACAUUUUACAGAAAACAGCACAGAAGACGUGUAUUUAAUGCCUAGUAACUUGUAGAUCAACAUUUGUUCACACUGACCUUUUCGGAAACCAACUUCAAAUGAAUAACUGGUUUCAACAAGUAGCCCCUUUUUCAAUUUUCUUAUUAGGGCGAAUAUGGUGUCUGGCCGCUGUGGUUGGAUAUUUCAGCUGCAGCAUUAUCUGACCAGGGCUCACUUGCACAAAGCAAUCUUAGCGCUAACUCCCAUACUUUAACAUACUUAGUCUUAGCGCUAAGAUUGUGUUGUGUCCUUUGAGUCAUGGUUGUCUGGUUCAGGUUCAUGAAUCUUCUAAACAUUUCAGUGUUAGUGAGUCUGUGAUGCAUGCUGCAUUUGUCAUAGCAUUUAUCUGUAGCUUUAGAUUUACGGUCUGGCAUUAAGCCAGGUGAUACUAGAUGUAAAUAAAUUAAUGUUAAAUUUA